UCAAAACUAAAUCACAAUCGAUCUCUACGAACUCCAGACAAUUUCUGCUUGAUCAUUCAUCGGGCAUUCACGCGUGCCGCCAUACAAUGAAUUCAGAAGAUUAUUUGCUGAACAAUAACAAUGUGGAUUUCGCAAAUAACGGACAGGUUGGGGGAAACCAUACAAUAUACUUGCCUUAUAUUUAUGAAAAUCAAACUUCCUCUUAUAGUGCUGUUGCGUGAGCGCUUACAGCGUGCAGCGUAUCCUCAUUAUAAAACACGGAAAUUUCUUAUACAUAUUUGAAUGUAUAUUACCGCUUUGCUCUUUAUUCGUUGUGUGUUGAGUUGAUUGGGAAAUCGCUUAAUGACUUAUUUCGGAUUAUGACCUGUUCACACUGCGAUAUGUUUACAACGUCAUUGAGAGCCGGGGCAGGAAUCAUUGCUAACAUCUGAAUGAUCUCCGUACCAUGUGAUCCGGUACGUUAACAACAGUGCAUAUUACUUUAUAUUGACCCCUCUUGAUCAACUUGAUUCUCCAUCAAUGGUUACAUCCUUGGGAAACACUGGAAAUGCAUAACAAAGCAAACUAAUCAAAAGAUAAAACGGAUCAAGACUUGAGUACUCUGAUAUAUGUCAUAACUUCGUGUGUUCUGGCCUGGAAUCGUUGCUCUAUACCAUAUUGGCACCGUUGUCAUUUGGUACUUUGACAAAGACAGUGCAUAAUGUAUAUUGACUCAUUUUGCUUAACUUGAAUGCUUAUCAAUCGGCGUUUUGACAAAGACAGUGUAUAUUACUUCAUAUUGACUCAUCCCGCUCCACUUGAUUCAAGUGCGAACGGUCGAUGACGGUACUUUGGCAAAGAUAUUACUUUAUAUUAACUCAAUCUUGCUUAACUUGAUGUAUGAUCAAUCGAUGUCGGGCUGGGGGAAUUUCAGAAUAGCAUAAAACAAGCAAACUAAUCUAUUGAUAAUUUGGCUACUUGACUGCAACUUAAGUUCUGCGACAUGUUCAUGACAUGGCAUCGUAUGACCAUGCCUGGAAUCAUUGCUCUACCAGAACGAUAUCUUCUCUGACCCUCCCAUUUGGCAGUUACACAGAACAUAUCACUUUAUAUUGACCAGUCUUGCAAAACCCAUGGUUAAUCAAUGACGGUACUUUGGUAAAGACCGUGCGUAGUACUUUAUAUUGACUCGUCCUACUCAAUUUAAUUCAUGAUCAAGCGAUCAGGCAAUGCAUAUUUAACAGGCAGGCUAAUCAAUGUAGGAAAAUAACACGGCUAGGCCUAUCUACGAUCCUAUUGGCUGAACGGAUUGCACCGGUUUACUUUUCCUGAACUUUUCUGGAGCUACAAAUUCGAAAGUGAUGAAACACAUCGCAAGCACCGAAUUAUCACCUAAUCACAAUUAGAAGAGAGCAAGAAGAACUAUCAUGGCAGAAGACGGCAGGAUGCCACCUCUGUCCAACAGGGACCUCAUCAAACUCACCAACGGGCUGGACCAAGACGAGUACUUCAGACUCGGUAGGGCCUUAGGAGUCGCAGAAGGCAUUCUCAGCCAUCUGUGGGACCCAACGCAGAUGUCGUGUGCUUUGCAGAUGGUGCUCCUGUGGAGGGAUGAUCUUGGGCCUGAAGAUGACCAAAGGGCCAUUUUGAUCGAGAAACUUUUAGAAGCGGGACUGGAGGACCAACUAGAUAAACUAUUGAAUGCAUCGCCAGGGCCAACCCCGCCAUCUCCAGGACAUUCUUACUUCGGAACGACAGACACUACAAGAACAAACGUCCCCGUUUUACCAAUGAAACUGAAUAGAAAGGACACUGAGAAGGAUAAACUAUCCUCUCCUGCAAUGGGUCAAAGCUAUAGCGAAACUGUUGCUGCUAAGCCCGAACCAGAAAGCCAUACUGCUAGGCCAGGACACACUGGAGACCGUGGAUUUGAACAAGAGUUUGAAGGUCGGUCUAAUGAUGAAGACGACACUGACGACUCAGACCCGGAAAACUAUAUCAAUGUGUCCAAUAGAGUACUCCACAGAGGAUCGAGAACUGUCUCUUUAGCUUUUGGAGGUAAACCAGUUGAGGCAUUCCAAGGCUCUCAAGAGAACAUGAUUCGUGAAGAAGCGGAGGGUGAUGUGGGCGACUCUGAAUCGUUCUUACAACCCUCUAACCUUGUCACAGAUAGGACAACAGGCGAUAACGAUGAUCUAUGCUGCGAUCAGGCUGAUAUCCUUCCAGCCACCCUUGAACACACCGAUAGCCCAAUUAAUCCGGAUAGCCGUGACAGUGUAUCUAGCAGGUUCGACACCAAUGAGGCGGUUUAUGCAAAACCAUCAGUGUCAAUCAAGAACUCCAUGGACACCAGAAAACCUGUGGAAAUACAAGACUGUACUAAGGUAUCUUCAAAUCUUGGGUCGGGUAGCAAAGGACAGGCACGUACUCGUCAGCACGACAAUGAGGGUGUAUAUUGUUUAGAACAAAGCGUUGAUUCUCAAGAAUCAUCUACGGCAGAAUGCACGUUACCAGAAUCAAGUACUAGUAAGGUAAGGCCUCCUAAGCCUGCUCGUAAGAAAAAACACCUCUUUCUGCCAGGCAAUUCUGAAGUAAAUCAGCACGACGAAGAGACACGAAAGGGUGAUUUAAUAUGUAAAGACACACCCCAAACCAGACCAACAGAGCAAAGUAUGGCGCCGAAUAACACACACAUGACUAUUGGCAAUCAACAAGAAGAGUCAAAACUGGCAAAGGAUCCGAAGCUGAUCAGCGAUGCGUACGAUUCUCCCAGAAAACCAGAAAGGGGAGGGGUUGGAGGAACAUCACUGAUACACAAAACGGAAAAGACUCCUAAUCACACAAAUGCAGUCGAUACUGAUAACUUUACCAUAACGCAGCCCAUAAACGAAAGAUGUUUGAUACGAAUGGAGGGCACAGCUGAUCAGGAACAGGGAGGUGCCACGAUUAUUACACCUUCUGAACCAGCUAAACCUUUCCCAGCUAGAGCACCUACCCUUACCAAUGGUUCCCAAGGAUCACAGUCGGGUGAAGCAAAGAAUAUGUUGAGCCCCCAUCAUGUGAACGGAAAUAAUAAGAACACAACACCAUCGGAGAUUUAUGAUGAACAAGAGCACAUGUAUGCAACAAUCCCGGAAGACCAGAAUGCAAGGAGACCUGUUGUCCCGUUUAAACCAAAAUUACCAGUUGGUUCAGAUUUAGCCCCAACUACCCAGGAUCCUUCAAACAGUUUACCGAGCUUAAAUGCGCCAUCGGGAACAGAAGAUAGACCACUGCAGUUAACAAAAACCACACCGGAAGAAGACACUGAACCUCUUGAACCCGACAUCGAUAAGACUACGGAAUCUUCUCCCCAAUUUUCACCAAAACCUCUGUCAGUUGGACAUGGGUCAUCCAAACCCAGAAGCAAACCAACGCAGGUAGCUGGUAAUUUGUCUACUCGUUGUAAGACGAAACCACCGCAACAAGCAACGGGCAAUGGUUCUCUUCUGAGGAAGACCGCUCCAUCGACUCCUGGAUCCACUAUGAACAAACUAGGAUCCUCGUUCCAGAGUAAUAAAGCACUGAGUGAAGACAUCCUUCGAGCUUUGGCGGGAGACAUCACGGAUGGCAAGAAACUCCAGGCACUUGGGCUUGAACUUGGCUUUAAAGAAGCCGACAUGAAUGGAUUUGAAGCGAUGAACCAUCGCACAGGCAGCGACCCCGUGGAAGGCACACUUGACAUGCUGCAGACAUGGCAAUCAAGAGUUUCGCCAGAGGACCAAUUGGUAAUGUUGAAACACGCCCUCAGGAGGACUGGUCUUACUAUGGCUGAAACACAUCUGAGAUCCACUAAGAGGCGCAGAGAUAUAACAGGCGUUAGCGUGACAAAGAACUUCACCGUGUCGGAUUGCCGCGAGAAGCUACAAUUCCAUUACAGGAUUGAGACUUGCAAGGGUCUAAAGAAACACGAAAAUUUUGCCUCCUAUCUCCCAAUCGUAGAUGUUCAUCGGGUCGUAAAGCGAGGAAAGAAUGUUUAUGUGGAGAAGACACCUCUGAAAGAUGGGUCUGUCAAAGAAAUUUUAAGGACAAGAAAAGAUGGUUCAUUGCCGAGCAGGAUUGUAAUCUUUGGCCCAUCAGGAAUAGGGAAAAGCACGCUUGUGGCUCAGAUGGCGCAUGAUUGGGCUGAACGAGUUCCUGGAUCCCCGCUGAACGAUGUCCUUCUGCUAUUCGUCCUCAAGAUGAAGUUCAUGACUAAUCAUGGAACCUUGGGGCAGGCGAUCGUUAAUCAACUCCUAAGCGACGUCAGAGGAUUGACCGCUCAGGGAAUCGACCAACUCAUCGAGGACAACCAAACGGAAUGCAUGGUGGUCCUUGAUGGUCUGGACGAGUUUAGAGGCGAGGUUUCUUCUGUCAGGUGUGGUCAUGUUCUGCGCGUUCUCCAGAACAUCCAACUGCGGACGUGUCGCGUCGUUGUGACUAGCCAUACAAGACUCGAAGACUACUUCAAUAAGGAAGACUUGCCAAAGGACUUUCUCAAGUUUGAACUCCGUGGACUUUCCCAUGUGCAAUCAACAUCAUUCAUACGGUCUUUCUUCGAGGAAAACUCAUUGCACAGAGCCAAAGAGAUGAUUGUAUUUCUAGAGAUGAAUGACAUCAUCCGAGAACUGUUGGCCACACCCCUAUUUUGUAUCAUUGCGUGUCACCUCUGGGAAAGUAAUCUUCUUCAGCUUGUCACAACGGAGUCAGAAUUCUAUGAUAGUGUAAAUCGUUUCUUACUCAAGCAAAGGGAAGAACAGGCGUCAAUGGUUGCCGGAGACACUGAUCUGGAAAUAAUUGUCCAAGGCAUAGGGGAAGUUGCGCUCAAUGGUCUCCUUGAUGACCCAAACAGACGAUUCUUCGGACAAAAUGACUUUAAGAAGAUGCCCUCAGCCCUAGAGAAGGCAACUUCGAUUGGUAUCCUCAAUAAGACAUCCCCCAAGAAGCGCGAUGAGACUGGAAUUGAGUUCUAUCAUCGCAACGCGCAGGUGCACUGCGCGGCUAGGUAUCUCUCCAAAGACGUGACCUCGAAAUCAAUCAAGGGAAAGCAGAGUCGUCUGGAGAAGGCCUUGAAGCAGAUGGCAAAGAAGAACCUGGCGGAAUUCGGCAGCUUACUACGGUUUACAGCAGGAAUAGGAAGCCCUUCAACCAGACUGCAGGUGAUUGAAGCCAUCAAUUCUGCGGAUAAUAUACCAAUAGGUGACAAGACUAGAAUGGUACUCGACUGCCUUUCAGAGAUUCCUCAACUGGACAAGCCAACAAUGUACGUGGUCGAACGAUGUUUCGAAGGAGGCAACGUUAUAAUAAACCUUCCAACCCUACACACUACUUUGGGUCUCUACAAACUCCAUCCAUCUGUAAAAGAAAAGAUACGUGGCUUGAAGAUCCAGGGUUCUUUCAUGGCUGACCUUGUAGCCAAGAGGUUAUCAACGGCUCUCCAAGGGUGUUGUGACCUACUCAAGCUCGAGUUUGCUGAUUUGCAGAAUGCAGCAUAUCCUCUGAUCCUGCUCCUGCUAAACAAGCUCUCACUUCAUCUCUUCCCCGAUGGCGCCACGUCAAUUCUUCCAGACCUCCAUCAGACUAUAUUCAAUGGACUGCGGAUUGUCGACCUCUCGGAUUGCAGUCUAUCACCAGCAGUGACCUGUGUCCUGUGGACUGCUCUAGCAAGAUGCCCAAAGAUUGAGCUGAUGUCUGUAAAGAACUCCACGAUCCUCGGCAAAGACCUCCCCAAUCUCGGUUGCAUCGCGGACCUCCAGGCGAAUCUCCGCUCACCCAUCCUCCAUGACGAGGUUGUCUGGCUGGCCAGUGUCCUAGGGGACCCCGAGAGCUCUACGAAGGUGAAACUGACCAUCGGCGAUGCAGGAGACGGAUCCUUACGGCGUGUAGGACUUGGGAACCAAGAGCACAUAGUGAUGGCUGGUGACAGAAUGGACCUCAAUAACGCAACGGAAAAUACCAUUAAGGUUCUCAGUGUGCUACCCGACACGUACAGAAGAAAGGUUAGGAAACUCUGUAUCAGUGGAACACGCUUCAGCUAUGACCUGACCCAUCCACUUCUUGACUUUGUCCACUCCUUAAUAAGACUUGAAGUCAUCGCCACGGAGGGAACGAACAUCCCUGGGGAACUCCAACAGCUCCAAGUCUUCAAGGGGUCAUCCCAUAGAGACAUGAACCAACUGCCAAGCUUAGAUCCAGACGGUGUCCUGACGGGAUGCGUAUCGUCCCCUCUUCGGGAGGAAGAAUUCGAACGGCUCAGUAGUGUGUUCAACUACAGCAGAACGACGACCCUUAAACAGGUCCAUCUCCUGAUCGAGCACGACAGUAGCUCUGAGGAGUUUAGGGAGAUGCUUGUCAUCGACGAAGAUAACAUAGACCUCUCAAACGUGUCAUCGGCAUCCAUUGAAAUCCUGAAGAUGAUUCCGCCGUCGUUUAAGCAAAAGAUGCAUUUCGCUAGAAUCAAGAACUGCACACUGACAGACGAGCUUUCGCACCAGUUGUCCCAGGCACUCCAGUCGAUGAUAGAACUCGAGAUGUGUCUGUCUGAGAACAGUAUCCUUGGUCGAAAAGCCUUCCACUUGAAAUCUGUCACUGUACUUGACGUUGGCCGUUUCUCGUCGCAAUGUUUCGACUGGGAGUGGCUUGCCAGUGCAAAGCUGCUCGAAGAACUGCACCUCACCUUCGAAGCAUCCCCGCCAUCCACGCCCACAUCCCCUUCCACACCGGCUGCAGCGGACAUGGCGACCUCCCCACUGUCUGCAAAGAACCGGAUCUACGAAGAAAUCCACGAAAGAAAGGACACUGCUGACGUUGAGGGCGCUUCAGAUGAGGACUUCUUUCUGACAACCGGAAGACUGGUAAUGAAGAAGAUGUCUUCCUGUAGCUUAUCAGUGAUGCUGCAUCUACCACAACACAUGAAAGAUGAGUUGCGUUUCGUGCGGAUUCGUUCAACGAAGCUCACCGUGGACGUCCUCAAUCGUCUCUCCGAUGUCCGGAACUCCUUCAAACAUCUCAAGCCGCUGUCGCUUCAAAACCUGUAUCGUAGGCCAAUCAAGCACGGAUGCAUCAUGCAACCAGGUUCAUCCGACCCCGUACUUGGCCAGUGGGACUGAAAAGUACCCAAUUUGAAAUCGAGAGGAAUCUACAAAAGAACACUUCUCUCUGAAGUCCGGAGCUCCUUCAAACAUCUCAACCUGCUGUCGCUUCCGAACCUGUAUCGCAGGCUAAUCAAGUACGGAUGUAUACUGAAACCAGGCUCAUGUGACCCUUCACCUGGCCAGUGGGACGGACCACAGGAAUCCCCUCUCAAUCCAAAAUGAAAUUAAGAGGAAUCCGCAAAAGACCACUUCUCUCUGAAGUCCGGCGGAACUCCUUCUAACAUCUCAAAGUGCUAUCGCUUGAGAACCUGCAUCGCAGGCCAAUCAAGUAGGGAUACUGUUAUCAGGCUCGUCCGACCCUAUCCUUUGCCAAUGGGACCUAAAAAGAACCCCCACCCUCUCCAUCCAUAUGAAAUUAAGAGAAAUCUACACUUUGCAGGCUCGUUCGAUACGAAACGUAAGAGUCGCAGAGAACAGAAUAAAAAAUGAACAUUGCCUUUCAGACUAUUAUUAUCAUUAUUUAUGGCAGUCUUGGUGAAUUUAAGAUGGGCUCGUGAAAAAUUUCGUUCUCUGUGAUAAGGGCGGCAACCUCCAAUUCUUGUUUCGCAAAGUGAAAACACCACAUUCGCAGCGUUAGGUUACGCCACCAGUCUGAACACAUGAAAGAUUAAUUUACACGAAAAUACCCGGAUAGCCGGACUCUAACCCCGGAUUACAAUGUGAGAGACCGAAACCUCGGCCUCUCGGCCAUUUCUUUUUUCGCUUUCAUUUUAUGAGACUUCUAUAUAAAUACUUGUACAGUGUUUUUUUUUUUUUUUUUUUUAAUAUCACUUAAUAUUUGAAAUCGUGGAUAAACUUAUUAUAGAACAUAGUCGUGUACAUACGGAUAUAGCGAAUAGCCGUUUUGGUAUCAUGGGUUCUGCAGCACGAUCGAUGGUUUGUAAACUUAAUCGGAAAUGUAUAUACACACCAAUCAAAAUCGUUACUGAUUUCGAAGUGAUCAGAAAUAUUUGAGUCUCAUGGGCGUCUAAAUUGGCCAAACUCUGGUUUUCGUAUUCAUGUAUAUUAUCACAUUGUAUUGAUAACAAAUGGUUUAUAUAGGAUCGAUUUGCCGUUUUGUAACCACGUACAAUUUAAAUGUAAAAUAAUUUCAUGUAAUGAUAAUUUUGUGGAAGACGCAGUUUCUUUCUAAAAUGGCUGAUAAGCACUCGUAUUUAUCUGAACACGAAACGCUUUUGAAUUUAAGACAAUGCUAUUUGAAUAUUUAACCCCCCAAAAUAUUAUUUUUAACCAAAUAUUUUACCAAGUAAUGAAUUAAAUUCACCUUGUUGAGUAAAUUUACAUUUUUUUCGUUUAAUUUCCAUUCAGGCUAUACCCAUGUUAGCUUAUACUAAUAGUCUAACAAUACUGAGUCGAUGUCGAUAAGCUGAACUGUUUCUGAACUUGUUUUUAUUUGACAAAGAAUAAGUUUUUAAUUAGACCAGCUGGGCAAUAAAAGGAAAAAAUUACACUAUUUGACCAAGUGUACUUUAAUCAAACGGCAAUUGGGCCCAUUUUAUAUUAGAUCAAAUGGUUUUGCCAUGUAACAUGUAUGAUGGCAUAAUACAAUUUGAUAAAUACACAAUCUUCUUUUCGAAAAUGUUAAUAAGAAACUAUAAUUUCUUGUUAUAAAUUGAAUUCGUUUGAAAGUAUAAGCGUUGCUUCAGCGUUUAAAAUGAAUUUUAUAUCCAGAAUUCAUAUAUGUUUAUUCCAUUCAUGUAAAAUUAUUAACGAUGAAAUAAAAUUGUUAAAAGGCGUAAGGUGUAUUCAUAUUGGAUUACCCAGGGUAGUUUAUCAUAAAACAUAUUGUGACUGUAUAAUCAAACAAAAUUGUGGAUUCGGCCAAUCAGAUACAAGGAAUCACCAGUGAAUAUUAUUUCAACAACUAUACUGCUUCAUAGAUCAUUAUAGAAUGGGUAUCAUGCAUGUUAUUACCGACGCAUGGCCAGUCAUGCAUUCGGUAAAUUUGCCAUGCGUCCGGUAUUUACUGAUGCAGGGCAGAUUUACCGGAUGCUUGGCCCAUGCGUCGGUAAACACAUGUGCAUGGUUGAAACAAACAAAAAAUCACAAGAAAUCCACCAUUCUAUAAAACAAAAGAUACACAGGUUGUUAGUGCAUCGGUCAAACUAGUGAGAAUACAGUGACUAUGGAAACUAAUCCAAACCCCCUCGGCUGCGCCUCGUGGUUUUAACAGUUCCAUAAUUCAUACCUUAUGCUCACGAAACCUACAGAUGCACUCACAUCUGUGCAUCAUUUGUAUACUGUGUCCCACACUGUAUUCACAAUUUGUUUUUUUUACAAUGGGAUCAGCUUGUCAUUUCUAUAUACUCUAUGCAGAGGCAAAUUUACUCCAAAAGCAAUGUUUGUUGGUAAUAAAAACAAAAACGAAACGUGUAA